AUGGCCGAUAAAAUAUGGCAACGUAUAAAAUUAUAUAUUCCUGAAAAAUGGUACCAAAAUCAAAAAGCUAUUGGUUUGAAUGAACGUUUAAGAUUUCUUCGAUAUGAUGUAGGACAAAAAUUUGAAGCCCAUAUGGACGGAUGUUACCAACGUCAAGAUGGUUCAUUCGAAAGCAGUUUUAUAACAAUACAAAUCUAUUUAAAUGAAGGAUUUAAAGGUGAAGACACAACAUUUAUCGAUCCAAAUGGUAUCAAUUCCAAUGUAAAAUGUGUGCCAAAAACUGGAAUGGCCUUAGUCUUUGAAGGAAUUCGUUCCUACAUGAAGGAAGUCGUUUGA